AUGUCGACAUCUCAGCUGGGUCUCUCUCCCUCUCUGUCUUCUGCGCCAUUGAAUCAAGGAAUUUAUAUCUGUCGUAUCGGCUCCAAAUCACAGUCUGUGUCUUUUAGUGGGAUGUUUUUCUUUUUUCUUUCUUUUUUUCUUUCUUUUGCAUUCCUCUUGCUACAUUCUCCUGUUUAUUCUUUCUCUCUUUCUUUCUUUUUUCUUUCUUUCUUCCUUUCUUUCUUUCUUUCUUUCUUUCUUUCUUAUUCCUCUUGCUCUGUUCUUCUGUUUAUUCUUUCUUUCUUUCUUUCUUUCUUUCUUUCUUUCUUUCUUUCUUUCUUUCUUUCUUAUUCCUCUUGCUCUGUUCUCCUGUUUAUUCUUUCUUUCUUUCUUUCAUUCUUUCUUUCUUUCUUUCUUUCUUUCUUUCUUUCUUUCGUAUUCCUCUUGCUCUGUUCUCCUGGUUAUUCUUUCUUUCUUUCUUUCUUUCUUUUUCUUUCUUUCUUUCUUUCUUUCUUUUUAUUACGUGCGCUUUCUUUCUCUCACUAA